CUCUUCUCCACCAAAGCUCGCUUUUCCUUCCUCGCUUUUCAAACUGCUGUGUUCGUCUGCCGCUUUCCUCCAGCCUCCCCCCCACACCUCCCUACUUUUCCUGCCCCUCUCUAUUUAUGAAAACGUCACUUCAAGUCCCUCCCUGUUUGAAUCUCAUUAGUUCCUUGUGUGUUUCUCCCUGUCAAUAAUCCCGAAUCCAGACUCUCUCUAUUUCCAUCCCUCUCUAGCUGUCAAUCAGCGCCGCCUUUGAACUGAAAACCACUCCGACCAACUUCAACUCACUCAAUCCGAGCGGCUCGGCUCCGUCUACGGCUUCUUUUUCUGCCAAGAUUCCCCCCUUUCCUUUCCUUUUUUUUUUUUUAGUUUUGUACUAAUCGCCAGUCCUUGGGAAACGCCAGGGCAGACCCUAAACUCGAACUCGGAUUCGGGAUCACAAGAGAUCAAGGGUUUAAAACUUUGUGUUUUGGCCCCCCAACACUGCUCGGGAGAAAAUGCCGCAGCUGAACGGCGGUGGAGGGGACGAUCUGGGUGCGAACGAUGAAAUGAUUUCCUUCAAAGACGAAGGAGAACAGGAGGAGAAAAUUUCAGAGAACUCCUCUGCAGAAAGGGAUUUAGCAGAUGUCAAGUCUUCGCUCGUAAACGAGUCAGAAACGAAUCAAAACAGCUCGUCGGAUUCGGAGGCGGAAAGACGGCCUCCGCCUAGAGCCGAAACUUUCAGAGACAAAACAAGAGAAAGUUUAGAGGAGGCUGCGAAAAGGCAAGAUGGAGGGCUGUUCAAGAGCCCCCCGUACCCGGGCUAUCCAUUUAUAAUGAUCCCCGACCUGACCAGCCCCUACCUCUCCAACGGAUCUCUCUCACCGACGGCGCGCACAUAUCUACAGAUGAAAUGGCCACUGCUAGAUGUUCAAGCAGGAAGUCUUCAAAGUAGGCAAGCACUUAAAGAUGCCAGGUCCCCUUCUCCAGCACACAUCGUUUCGAAUAAGGUCCCAGUGGUACAGCACCCUCAUCAUGUGCACCCGCUUACACCUCUGAUCACCUACAGCAAUGAACACUUCACACCGGGGAACCCUCCUCCACACCUACAGACAGACGUGGAUCCCAAAACAGGAAUCCCGAGGCAUCCGCAUCCUCCAGAUAUAUCUCCGUACUACCCUCUGUCUCCUGGCACUGUAGGCCAGAUCCCCCAUCCGCUAGGAUGGUUAGUACCACAGCAAGGUCAACCGGUUUACCCAAUCACAACGGGAGGUUUUAGACACCCCUACCCAACUGCCCUCACUGUCAACGCUUCCAUGUCAAGUCUUCUCUCCUCCAGAUUCCCUCCCCACAUGUUGCCCCCCCACCACAGUUUGCACACCACGGGCAUCCCGCACCCUGCCAUAGUCACGCCUAACGUCAAACAGGAGUCUUCUCACAGUGACAUCAGCACACUCAACAGCUCGAAACAUCAGGACCAGAAAAAGGAGGAUGAAAAAAAGAAGCCGCACAUAAAGAAGCCUCUGAACGCAUUCAUGUUGUACAUGAAGGAGAUGAGGGCCAAAGUAGUGGCAGAAUGCACACUGAAAGAGAGCGCAGCUAUCAAUCAAAUCCUGGGCCGAAGGUGGCAUGCACUGUCACGAGAGGAGCAGGCCAAAUACUACGAAUUGGCCAGGAAAGAACGACAGCUACACAUGCAGCUCUACCCCGGCUGGUCAGCACGAGACAACUAUGCUGCUAACCAACAGGGGAAAAAGAAGAAGAGAAAAAGGGAAAAGCAGCAGGCAGAUGGCAAUGAACACAGAGAAUAUUUUCCAAAUCCUUGCCUUUCACUCCCUCCGAUUACAGACCUGAGUGCCCCUAAGAAGUGUCGUGCACGCUUUGGGCUCGAUCAGCAGAAUAACUGGUGUGGCCCCUGCAGGAGAAAAAAGAAGUGCAUUCGCUACAUUCAAGGUGAAGGCAGCUGUGUCAGUCCUCCCUCUUCGGAUGGAAGCUUACUAGAGUCGCCCCCAUCCUCCCCCUCCAUGGUCCCCAAUUCUCCGCCCUCGAAAGAGUCCAAAUCACAGACUGAACAAAUGCAACCUCUUUCACUGACUAUGAAACCGGGCCCUCUGGUCUCAUCCUCACAUCACCAACACCACCACCUGUCUAUGGUCCCGCCUCCGCCCUUAGCUCUGCUGGACAACUCAGGGGCAGGCAAAACCCCAGGCCCCGCCCACAAUGGCUCCUUGGACCCUUCAGACGUGUCUUCGUCGCGCCCCUCAGGCUCCUCCUCCUCCCAGCCUACAUCAGCGUGCCAUUCCCAUUCUCUGUUGCCCAGCUCUGCCCCAACGCAACCGCUUUCGCUCGUAACCAAGUCAAUAGACUAGGCUAAACUGGCUCCGAUUUACCAGCUUUCAACUCCUCCCUUCUGUCUGCUGACACUCAAGUUUUUUUUCCCUUUUUUUCCUUUUUCUGUCACAUGUGGCUUUGGAAAUUAGUAAAUUCUUUUAUCAAAGUUCAUUGGUCAAUAUUUGACCUGUCAUUAUCUAAAAUAAAUGGAACUAUUAUACUAAUAAUAAUUUUGAUGAUAAAGUAAAUUGAGUUGUAGAGUAUAGAUAUAUAAGUCUGCCUAAAUGUAAGACUUUUUUUUUUUUUUUUUUUACUGUGCAACAAAAAAAAAGCCUGUUAUGUAAACUGACAUAGACAUGUUAAAAGACAGAUAUAAAAGUAGUCUAGGUGAGGAUUCAGUGAGCCCUUUUCUUAAAGUUGGUUCUUCUUCAUUAUUUGUAUUAAAUACGAGCUUGCGAACCAAUCAUUUGACACCUGUUCAAAACAUGGAGGGCACGAGGACCGUGGAGACACCCUUCUCCAGCUGAGGAACAACUAUAAUUGUGAUGUUACUUGUUCUUGUUUAAAUGUACAGAAAUAUUUGGGGGGUUACUGUGUUAAUAUGCAUUGUUCCAUUGCGUUGUCUAUUUUAUUUUUUUGUCAUUGUUUACCGUGGGAGGGUGGUUGAGGUGGGUUGGGGUGGGUGCUCUCAGUUGGAGGAAUGUUUGGGCGACUGUUGUAAGGGUGGGUGUGUGGGAGGGUUUUGGGGGGGAUUGUGGUAUACAAUACAAAAUUUCACAACGCUAGGACCAGUAGUAUUUAUUGCUUUAGAGAUUGCUUGUUGUAUCCUGUAUAUUGUCCCUUUUUGAAAUAUUUGUUUUUCUUAAUACAUUGUACAAAAUAUUCUUCUUUUUUUUUUAAGUAAGCAACUCAUAUAUAUAUAUAUAUAUAUAUAUAUAUAUAUAUAUAUAUAUAUAUAUAUAUAUAUAUAUGAUCCAUUUGUACAAGGAGGUUUUGAAGUUAAAUUGUCUUGUUUGGACAUUUUUUUUUGUUUUUUUUUUUUGUUUUUUGUUUUUUUUGCCGAAGACCAGAGUUUCACCAACACAGUGUAGAUUCUCCAGAACAGAUGUAUGCACAACUUAAUAAAAAAAUUAAUAAAACAUAUUUAAAAGCCAUUUUUCAAUAGGAGAAAAGAAAACUUGAAAUGGGGAUAGUAAAUACUGUCUGUUAAGUAAUUGGUUUUCAUCAUCUAAAGCCCAUCCUUUUUCUUUUUUUUUUUUUUUUUUUUUUCUUUAAUUUAUCUCCACUGGACUGUAGAAUUGUGUACAGAUUUUCUGUGCCCGAAAUUGUGCAAAUUUUCACUCCCCUUUUACAAUGCUGUAGGCUGUCAGGUUUAAUUUUUUUGGUUGGUUGUUUUUUUUUUCUUUUUUUUUUCUUUCACAUUUUCUUUUUUCUCAACCAUACUUUGCUGUGAUGUUACAUAGAUUGCUAUGUAUGUAGUAUAAAUGUUGCUAUAACAAAUGUGUUUGGUAGCAGAUUGUCAAAUAUUAAAAUUUAAACUUAAUAAAAGACGGACAUCAUCAUACUGUAUAAAAACCCUCAAGGGCCAAAUGAUGUAUAUUAGGAGGUUCAUAAAAAAACUAUUAAAUAACACAAAAAACACACAAACUGCCACUUUUAAGUACACUACUACAUAUAGGUAGAUAGAAAAAAUAGGCAUGUUGAUGUUGCAAGAAGCUGUAAAAAAGCUACAAGAGAAUCAUCCAUUCGGUGCCAUUGUAGUUGACAUGAUGCGACUGUAAGCCGUCAAUCUCUUCUCUGGUUUAUUAAGAUGCUAAUGAUGAAUAGUUUGAAUGUUUCCUUAACGGCUGUGAUGUUCCUGUUCUAUUUUAUGCUCUUAGCUUUUAUUUUUGUUUGCUUUCUUUUAUUUUUGUUCUUGAUUUUCUUUCUUUUUUUAUUUAGUUAUUUGAAAUGGUUCCCAGACCAUGUUUUUGUAAUGAAUAAAUGUUUAUGCUGUACAGUCUCUGUAGCAUGCAGUUCUGUAUUAAUAAAAGCGACUUAGUAUGUGCA